AUGGAGAGAGGGAAAGGCUUGGCAGAGGGGUCAUCAAGAUCCCCCGGUGGCGGCUCCGGUGGUGAUCCGCCGAUACCGACCACUCCCAGCCGCUAUGAGUCUCAGAAAAGAAGGGAUUGGAACACCUUUGGGCAGUUCUUGAAGAACCAGAGGCCACCAGUUCCACUCCCUUAUUGCAAUAGCAACCAUGUUCUUGAAUUUCUUAGAUAUCUUGAUCAGUUUGGGAAGACUAAAGUUCAUUUGCAGGGCUGCAUCUUUUAUGGGCAGCCGGAGCCACCGGCACCGUGUACUUGCCCACUGAGGCAGGCUUGGGGUAGCCUCGAUGCACUUAUUGGCAGGCUACGCGCCGCCUAUGAGGAGAACGGGGGAUCACAGGAGACUAAUCCAUUUGCCAGUGGAGCAAUAAGGGUUUAUCUGAGGGAAGUAAAGGAGUGUCAAGCUAAGGCAAGAGGAAUCCCUCACAAAAAGAAGAAGAAGAAGGCUAGCCCAGGCCAGACAGAUGAUGAUUCCACUUCUUCCAUGCCAUUUUCUUGA